AUGGCGGACGCCUCCAAACGCCCGCUUUCAGACGGGGAGGAGGCCGGACCCAGUGGUGCGCUGGUGGAGAUCAAGAGGCAACGAUUGGACGAGGGCGCCGUCGUUCCCGCUGGACCCGCCUCAUCCCUGGCCACCAAGCCGCAGGGUCCAUCCCGCACGUCUGCGCUUCUGGCGCCCACCAUGCUGCUCACAGGCCACGCGGAUCAGGUGUUCACCCUGAAGUUCAACCCGGACGGUGAUGUCCUGGCCACUGGGAGCUACGACAAGACCAUCCUCCUGUACCGCACCUACGGGGAGUGCGAGAACUUCCUGCAAAUAAAAGGGCACAAGAACGGGAUCCUGGAGCUGCACUGGACGCCAGACGGCCUGAACCUGGUCUCCUGCUCUCCAGACCGCACUGUGCGGGCCUGGGACGCCAGCACCGGGCAGCAGGUGAAGAAGAUGAGCGAGCACGGCGACAUCGUCAACUCCUGCUGCCCCCUGAAGCGCGGCAGCCCGCUGCUUGUGUCGGGCUCCGACGACGGCACCGCCAAGGUCUGGGACCUGCGCAGCAAACGGUCGGUGGCCACCUUCACGGAAAAGUACCAGGUCCUGGCAGUGGCCUGGUCGGAGGCCGGGGACGCGGUGUACACGGGCGGCAUCGAGAACGUGGUGCGCGCGUGGGAUCUGCGCCGGGGCGCCCCCUCCCUGACCCUGGCGGGGCACGCCGACACGGUCACGGGCCUGGCGCCGUCGCCGGACGGCGCGCACCUGCUCAGUAACUCCAUGGACGGCACGCUGCGGGUGUGGGAUGUGCGGCCCUACGCGGCGCAGGACCGCUGCCAACGGGUGCUGACUGGGCAUGUGCACAACUUCGAGCGCAACCUGCUGCGCUGCGCCUGGAGCCCCGAUGGGGAGCGCGUGACCGCCGGGUCGGCGGACCGCAUGGUCUACGUCUGGCGGUCUGCCGACGGCGCGGUCCAGUACGCGCUGCCGGGGCACGGCGGCAGCGUGAACGAGGUGGUGUUCCACCCCACCGAGCCCAUCGUCGCCAGCGCCAGCAGCGACAAGACCGUGUACAUGGGGGAGCUGGCAGCGUGA